AAUGGGAAAGGGAAAGGUGGGAGCAUGGUGGGGGCAUGAGUGCUGCUGAUUCAAAAGCUCUCAAGAGAGAGAGAGAGAAAGUGGGAACAUUCUGAUCUUGGUUGGCUUUUUGUGUUUGUGUAGCUGUGGUGGCUGUCAAAAGAUGAGGAACACAGCUCAUCUUUUUUGAAGGUCAUCUUUGGAAUUGGUUGGGUGGUUCCUGUGCUAUCUCUCAGGAUAUAGUGUUUCCUGUCUUUGCCCACUCCUUAUUUUGAUUCUUCUUUACUCACUCACCACACUUACCACAUGCUAUGUUCUCUCUCUAUCAACUUUCUCUGCCUUUACUUCUUUCCUCUCUUGUGAUCCCCUUCUAACUGUUUUACUGAAAUCCACUUUGGUUUCUCAGAGAUUUAUUCAGGAAACCAGAAGGAACUUCUGGGCCUGGUAGGAGGUGCUAAGCAUCAUAGAAGAGACAGUGGCCAGUGAAUGAAGGAAUGUUGAUUAUGGGAUUGGGUUUCAGAAACUUUGCGGACCAGAAAGGUUGUUGCUAAUCCCUUGUUGGGAACAACAACAAACAAACAGAGAAGGAAAGAAAAGAAGCAAAUUCCCAGAUUCAGAAUUGAUAAAUUAAUACAGUGGGGCGGUGGUGGUGUCAGUGUUGAGCAAGUGGGGGUGUCUCUUACACUGCCUUUAAGAAAUUAUAUAAAUAUAUACAUGUAUGUAUGUAUGUAGGUGUUCGAGAUUAGUCUGUUUUGUUGGUAAUGUCUCCUAACAUGGUUAUCUUUAGCGGGCUCCUUGGACUUUCUGUUACCAGUUUAGUAAGCAACAUGUUAUUUGAGUCUCUUUUCAUUCAAGUCAGAAAAGAAUAAUAAAAUCCCAAACCAAGUUCUAACCCAUUCAAUCUACCUUCUCUCUUGCCACUCUUUCUGGCCUCGGUUUGUGGGGAAGAUUCGGUCAUACGAGGAAGGAACGUGAUCCUUCUUUCUACAACUUGGACUUUACUUACAAGCUGAAGCUACAACACACAUUCAUAUUUAUUUUAUUCACACUUCUAAUCUGUGGAGGGUCAUAGCUAUUUUCUUUGGCCAAGAUGAAGUUUAUGAAACUUGGAUCUAAGCCUGAUUGUUUUCAGACAGAUGGAGAUAAUAUCAGGUAUGUAGCAACUGAGUUGGCAUCUGAUGUAGUCAUUAACGUCGGGGAUGUAAAAUUUUAUCUACACAAGUUUCCGCUUUUAUCCAAAAGUUCACAUUUGCAAAAGUUGGUUACAAACACGAAUGAGGAGAACGAUGAUGAAGUUCAUAUCCAUGACAUUCCAGGAGGACCUGUUGCUUUUGAAAUAUGUGCCAAGUUCUGUUAUGGUAUGAUAGUAACUCUCAAUGCAUACAAUGUUGUUGCAGCACGCUGUGCAGCAGAGUAUCUUGGAAUGUAUGAAACCGUUGAGAAAGGAAAUCUCAUCUACAAGAUUGAAGUCUUCCUCAACUCCAGCAUUUUCAGGAGCUGGAAAGACUCAAUUAUUGUUCUUCAAACCACCAAGUCUCUUCUUCCAUGGUCGGAAGAACUUAAGGUGGUAAGCCAUUGCCUUGCGUCCAUAGCUACCAAAGCUUCAAUGGAUCCAUCCAAGGUGGAGUGGUCAUACACAUAUAACAGGAAAAAGCUCCCGACCGAGAAUUGGAAUGGUGUGAUGAAAGAACAUAUGGUUCCGAACGACUGGUGGGUGGAAGACCUCUGUGAACUCCCACUUGAUCUCUAUAAGCGGGUCAUGUCAGCAAUAACAAGCAAUGGAAAUGUUUCUGGCGCUGUAAUUGGAGAAGCUCUAAGUGCUUACGCCACGAGAAGGUUGCCUGGAUUCAACAAGGGUGUGAUCCAGAGCGGUGAUAUCAUGAAGCAUAGAUUCGUAUUGGAGGCCAUUGUCAGUCUAUUACCCGCCAAUAUGAGCAGUGACUCUUGCAGCUUCUUGCUGAGGUUAUUAAAAGCGGCUAUUCUUUUGGAAUGUGAAAUUUUGGUGAGAUCUGAACUGAUGAGGAGAAUAAGCCGAUGCCUUGAGGAGGCUUCAGUGGCUGAUCUUUUGAUUUGUGCGCCAAGUGGUGAAACAACAACGUACGAUGUUGAUACUGUGCAGAGGCUAGUCCAAGAGUUUGUAGCACAUGAGCAGCAAUCUCAGUCCGAAUCUUUGUUGGAAGAUGAAUUGCAGGAGAUCAGAAGCCCAAGGAUGGCAUCAAAUCCAUCUAAAAAGAUAAAAGUGGUAAAACUGGUGGAUGGCUACCUUGCUGAGAUUGCACGGGAUCCCAGUUUGCCUGUCUCGAAUUUCGUCGAUCUUGCCGAAUUGGUAUCAAGCUUCCCUAGACAAACUCAUGAUGGUCUUUAUCGCGCCAUUGACAUGUACUUAAAGGAACAUCCUGGAAUCAGCAAGAGUGAGCGGAAAAGAAUGUGUAAAUUGAUGGACUGCAGAAAGUUGUCUCCAGAAGCUUGCAUGCACGCCGUGCAGAAUGAGCGGCUUCCUUUGCGUGUUGUCGUGCAGGUUCUCUUCUUUGAGCAGAUGAGAGCCGCAGCAUCAUCCGGAGGCAGCAGCACACCCGAUCUCCCAGCGUCUAUCAGGGCCUUGCACCCUGGCGGGUCUCACGAGAGCUCAAGGUCUACCACAACCAACACGGAAGAGGAAUGGGAUACUGUGGCAACAGCAGAAGACAUAAAAGCUCUGAAAGGGGAACUCGCUGCUCUGAAAUUAUCUGGUGCAAGCAGCCAAGGUAGUGACAAAAAUAGCAAUGAUAGUGGUAAAGGCAAUGCUGAAAAAGUUGCUGCUAAUAAAACGAAAGGUUUCCUCAUGUCAAAGAAGAUUUUCUCUAAACUCUGGUCAAGCAGGGAACGAAACGGAGAGAUAUCUAGCUCUGAUACAUCGGAAAGCCCUGCUUCUACAGUUGUUGAGGAGACUAAGUCCACACCAACUAGAAGUAGGAGGCAUUCACUGUCUUAGAACAUGCUUUUGCUCACUUCAAGCACCAAUUCCCUUGUUGUAUAGUCGGCUAGCAUUAGGAGAUAGAGGUUACUUGACAUCUUGUAGCUGAUUCUUCAAUAGAGCACUAUGCAAAUGUUGGGGUAUGAAAUGAAGGCCAAACAAAUGUCAUUGCCUUGCCUUGGUCUAGGUCCCUUACUAUUGGAGAAUUGGUAUGUGACAGGUAAAAUUCAUUAGCAGUACUUUUAAGUUUAAAGAGGUUAACUAACGAGAA